CAGCAUUUCGACAAAAGCUUCACAAUUUCGAUCAGAUUUUCAAGUGUUCUUGGAGUCUGGAAACGAACUGAGGUGUACGUUGUGUUUAACCGUCUUUUCUGAUGCGACGUAGAUUGAAAUUCGCCCAUCAAAUAUCUUCAAAGUGUGACAGAGCCUUGACGCUUGACGCUGACAGUUGUACAAUGUUAUUUUUGUGAACUUGAUGAAUGAAUUUCAGUGAGGGAAGACCUGACGAGGUAUUGGGUGCCUUAUGAGUACGGGAAUGAUAACUGCCUGGAUGAGGUUUUGGACUCCAUAUCUAUGGCAAAUUAUACCGAAGUUACAGACAGACACUAAGUCAUCUAUGCAACUGAUAUGAUGGGUCGAUCAAAAAUGCCAGGCUUUACAUCAAGAGUUCUCUCCCUUUUGAUGACCAGUGCAGUGCUGAUGUUGUUUGUUGGCUUGUCUGUCAGGUCUGCUUACAGUCCGACAGUUUCGUUCUAUCUGGACUUGUAUCCAAAGGGAGAGUACUGGGUGCAGUUUCCACGCAAAAUGGAAAGUGAGUGUAUUUAUGAUAGUAAGAAAAACGUACUGGCAUGCAUGGGAAACUACGAUUAUUCUCAGGUGACAACCACUUGGAAAUCCACCCCCAACAAAAUUCUCUAUGUGAAAGUCAACUGUCGUGUGCAGGAUUACUUCUUUGUACAUCGCUAUGUUUGCUUCUGCAUAAAUGCCAACGUGUCAGAAGCGCUAGGGGAUACCAGUUUCAGGGAAUGUCAACUCCAGGAAGUCAAAGCAAGCACAUUUCGAACACUGAAGCAUCUGCAAGUGUUGGAUUUGUCUGGAAAUUACGUAUCAGAAGUGGAACCAGGAGCUUUGGAUGGGCUGAACAACUUGACUUAUCUCUCCCUCAGUGGAAACCCGUUUUCACAUCUACCGGAUGGACUACUUUGUAAUCUUGCUCAGAUUCGCUUUCUUCACUUGUCAUCCACAGGGCUCCGCAGCAUACCCCAGCUUUUCUCGAACUGUAAAACUGAUGGUGAGUGCUCUCUGGAAUACUUGUUCAUGAGCAAAGGGAUGUUGUCUAAAAUUCCAGAAGGAUCUCUUUCCAACAUGAGUAGAAUGACAUGGUUGGACCUCUCCGGAAACCAGAUAAGCACAUUGUCAGACAAAGCAUUUGAGGGAGGUACGGGUCUGAAGGUACUCAAUCUGUCGCGCAACUCUUUGACGUAUCCCCUUCCGGACUUGUGCAGCACUUUGCCAUCUCUGGAAGUCCUCAGUUUGCAGGACUGUGAUUUCCAUGCCUGGGAUCACACCAGAUUCCAAGCUUGCGCACGUCUGGAGGAUCUCGACUUAUCAGGCAAUCAGAUUCUGGAAGUGGAGGGCGACUUUUCCGUGACAGCAAAACUUUCUAAACUGAACCUGUCUAGGAAUAAAAUCGAACGAAUUGAGCCUGGUUUUACACUUGGAAACUCCUCCCAUCUCAUCCACGUGGAUUUGUCCAGAAAUAAAUUGGCUGAAGUCUACGGAAGCUUUCUGGCUAAUGCUCAAAGCCUGGUGAAAUUGGACUUCAGCCAUAAUGCACUGGCGGAAGGAAAUAUGAAUCUUACCGUCUUGUUGCAAGACCUGAACAAUUUGAAGUCACUGGAUUUGUCUUACAAUAACUUUAGCGUGCUGCCCUCUAAGCUCUUCCCUUAUUUAAAGAACCUACAGGUUUUGGAUAUUUCACACAAUAAAAUUACAGAAAUUCACCCAGACAGCUUAAGCAACUUAAAAGGUCCCACUACUGUGAGACUCACUGGUAAUCAUCUAAAGACCAUUCAGAAUGGCACAUUCUCCGGAUUGUCCAGUCUAAAGGUACUGGAUCUGUCUAUGAACGAAAUCUCAGAAGUCGAUAUGGCCUCACUGCCAAUUUCACUGACAGAAGUGUACUUCAGCAGUAACAAUUUGUACGAUAUACCUACAGCUUUUCGCCUGAAAAACUUCACAUCCCUUUCUCGUCUAGAUUUAAGCCGAAAUAAACUGACCACAUUAGACAGGAACUGCUUCGUGGGUUUCACAGCGUUAACAGUGUUGGACUUGUGCUGGAAUGCUAUUAAAGUGAUAGAUGAUUACACGUUCGGUCAACUCGGUCAGCUUCGGGAGCUAAAUUUGGAAGGAAAUCAGCUAGUGCUUUCAGGUUCUGGGUUUGCAAGUCCAUUCCGGGGUGCCUUCAAUCUGAAAGUCCUAAACUUGGCGUUUAACAGGAUAACUAACUUCCCUAACCUUUUCGACGGACUAAAGGGGCAUGUGUUGAAGCUGAAGGUGUUGAAUAUGACGGGGAAUCCCCUCGGGGAAAUCGUCCAGUCUCAGGUAGAACAAUUAGACAUGGGGCUAGAGACCUUGGUGCUUGACGACUGCAACCUCAGCUUCGUGGACGCCGAGGCAUUUUUCGGCCUACGAAAACUGGAUAGCGUCUACCUCCGUCGAAACAAACUCAGCCAUUUCCCACCUUUCUACGUAAACAGGUCUGUGCAGUUCGACUUGUCAGAGAACCCUGUUAUUUGUUCCUGCAACAUGGCCUGGCUGAAGGAAGAUUUCUGGCAGGAGUACGGCAUCCAAAUUGUGGUCGCCCUGUAUUACGUGAACACCUGUUACAAUAACGUGAAAGGAGAAGUCCAGUCCUUACAGGAUGUGGCGAAAAGCGAUUUCCUUUGCAAGACGUAUAAUCACUGCCCAGAAGGCUGUCAGUGUUUUGGGUCGUUUGAAGGGGCUCAGCCAGAUGUCGUCAUAUGCUCUGGGAUGCGGCGUGUACCACGCUUAACAUCAGAAGUUGCCACUCGUGUGUUCCUCUCCGGAAACGACUUCUCCGCAGAAAUCCCGUUAUUUGCUAUAAAACCAGGAUUUGUGUACCAAACAGAAAGUCUGUAUCUAAACAGCAGCAUGAUCCACAGUUUGGACGAGGGCUUCUUCACCAAUCAGCCCUUGUUAACCACCCUUUACCUCGAUCACAAUUUUCUUGAUGAAUUGAAGCCGAAUAUUUUCGCAAACCUUGUCCUAUUAGAAGACCUCGACCUCGGUCACAAUCUUCUCAGUUUUCUGUACCCCAGCACGUUUAAACCGCUCAAGGCGCUGCGAGUUCUCGACUUGCGCCACAAUUCCUUUCACUUCAUCCACUCGGGGGUUACACAGCUUUGGUCGAAAACAGCGCCGCUCCGUCGUAUUUAUUUGAGCGAUAACCCUUGGCAUUGCUCUUGUUCCACUGUUACCUUCCGGAAUUGGCUCGUGUCUAAUUUUUAUAUCGUGCCAGAUUGGCGAAAUGUUGUGUGCAAGGGGAUAAGUAUCAUAGAUCACUUGCCUAAGAAAUAUGAAUGCCACCGGGUUUUGCCCAAGGUGUAUGUAAAUUACACAUCGAAGAGCCUCAUCAUCGGGCUUCUUCUUUUGACCGUCUUCCUCGUCGUGACGGCCACGUUUGUGUUUAGAAUACGCAAGACUUUGAAGGCGCUUGUAUUUGUCAAAUUCGGUUGGUCGUUCAGGAGAGCGCCGUGGGAAAAGGAUAAACAUUUUGACGCGUUUAUUCUUUACAACAUUUACAACCGGGACGGUGCAGCAGAAAAAUGGGUCAAUCAAGAACUGGUGGAAAAACUCGAACGCAGAGAAAAACCAUACAAAGUCUUUCUACCUGAUCGUGACGUCAAUUCCGAAGAGAGCAUCGUGGACACGUCGUGUCAAACAAUCGCUGAGAGCAGGCGUACUAUUGUCGUGAUCUCUGAGUCAUUUGCCACGAGUCAGUGGUGUAACCGCACAUUCCAAAUGGCUUACAGGCACAUGCUGCAGAACAAGAAGCACAAGAUCAUUGUUGUUUUCCAUGGCAAAAUUAAGGUCAAUGAACUGGACCCAGUUUUGAAGGUUUUCGUCAUGAUGGGUGAUUAUUUAAACUCCAACUCCCGAUACUUUUGGGAGAGACUGUUAUACGAGCUUCCAGACCCGCCUUCCUCAGACGAACCGGUGAACGAAAACGAGGCAGGAGUGGAUGAGACGGAUAUAAUUCUGGAGAAUGCCGUGGCCUCUGAUGGCACGAGCUACCAUAACAGCAGUCAUGUGUGAGGUGACUUCAUUGAAACGAGUUGUGAUGUCACGUCUUAAUCUGUGACUUAUUUUAAAGGGGCUUCCAAGAUCUCUUAAAGGUUUUCCUUUUAAAUAUAUUCUGGUUUCGUGGCAGAAAUCAAAGUGUUAUUGAAAAAACUAGAUACCACAAUUUGUCUCUGUUUCGUCCGAAGGUGAAAAAAAAAGCGUGGCAGCUGUGCCUUUGAUGAAGUGUAGUUGGAAUGUUUGUAGCAACGUAAACUCAUCAAUCACUCGGACUCGAAUAGACUUUUGGUAAGCUUUAAAGGUGUACACUUACCCCGAAGAAGGUUACUGCUCUCCUGCAAGAAAAGAAGUAGAGACUGCUGGGAACGACGAAGCCAGUAGGGUAUGCGCUGAGAAGCUGCACCUGAGCGUCUAACUAAUAUUGUUUAGUAUACCGUUAGCUCACCAGUAUUACAAUCUUCAUUCCUUGAUACAAAUCCAGUGCACACUGGACUGUAGGUAUAUGUAGUUUGUUAAACACAAUGUUGGCUCACAGCGUAUGUCCGAAUGCCCUGUAGAGAAUCCGGGGGUAAUUGAAAUGUUGAAUUUCCCGGAGAGCAGUUUACGGUGGAACAACUUUCAUAAUUUGUCUGUAAAUGGAAAAUCUCACUGACUGAUCAAUAUACAUAUCGCCUUUUUAUUCCAACCAUAUAGAUUUUUUUCCAAUUUCCAAUCCGGUUGUGAAUAAAACUUUACUGUUCCAAUGUUGUAUAGAAUGGUGCUGAAAACAGAGACGUUGCCAAAACAAUUUUUUUCACUCGUCCGACGUAGAAUACUUUAAUGAUCCAAAACAUAUUCCUCUAUAAUGUUCAGAAGAACGCGGGCAUGAAAUUGCGGCUUCAUUUGCCUUUGCCAGAUUGUCGGGUUUGCACGAAUCCACUGAUUUAAAGUAAUGUAAAAUGCAAAUGUAUUUUAUUUAAAUGAUUCUUUAUUUUUCUUCUUUUUUUUGGCAGUAAUUCCUCGAGUUUGCAAAAAAGUGCUUUUUAUAUGCCACUUCUCAAGAAAUCAAUAUGUAACAUAUCAUGUAUUUUGUAUAAUUUUUUUUAUAUUACCUGCAGCAUUGUUGAGUUGAUAUUUUCUGAUUGUUUAUGGCAAGUAAGUGAGUUUAUUGUUUGUAUGUCAUUCGCUUUAUAGAUCUCUUGCAUCAUGUGUUGCAAUUUGGUAUUUUUAUAGCUUACCAUUGUCGAUGGUACUCAGAGCACAGGAAACAUUCCAUGUGGAUAUCAUUCAAUUAAACAAAGGUCAGAAUCAUAAUCUCAAGAAAUACUCACUCUUUCCGUUUUUGCUUCCUAAAUUUUGGGAAGUGAAGUCAAGCACAAAUGAAGUGGAGGAGGUGGUUGGGGAGGGGGUAUGGGAGUUUAGGAGAGUUGUCUUCUUUAAUUGAUUUUACACCCCUUUAUUUAUUACCCUAUAUCAGUGAUGUCUUCAAGCAGUGGUGAUCCUCAUUAUUAAUCUGAUUUCGAGGUUGAGGUCCUCAUUGUCGUCUCCAUUCUGUGUUCCAAAACCCCGCAGUCACAAAACUGCUUAACAUUCAGAUGCUUCAACUCGUAGACAGUGAGUACAAUGUCCGGGUCCACCUUGUAUUUGUACCUUAACAUGCUUUGCAUGAGUUAUUGAGUGCUAAAUAUACACAUGAAUGCAGCAGGAUUGAAUGAGUUACUGAGUGCUAAAUAUACACAUGAAUGCAGCAGGAUUGAAGAUAUACCUUGCGUUUAAUUUUAUUUAGUAACAUACGGUUAAAAGCAAUGUACUUUAAGAUGUAUAAUUUCAAAACUGUUAUGGGCGUGCUCACUGAACAAUAGUACGUUCAGGGUAAAGUAAACUCAAAGUGCUAGGUUUUGAUUGUAACACUCAUAAAUCUGUACAUGUAGUCGUGUAUUUCGAAAGUCACACAUUGAUAAAAAAAAAUUGCGUACCGUAGACCGAGAAAUAUCCGCGACAAUUGAAAAAAAAGUGUAGCAUCGAUUGCAUUAAAUCAAUCUUUUUGACAUCGCUAAUGUUACUGUAGUACACUGUAAAAGGCAUUCUGAGUUUUUCAGAAAAGAUAAUUUUUUUUUCACUCUUCUCGCCUGAUUACUUACUUGUUUUUACCAUUCUCUGUGUUUUAACACAUGACAAUUUUCCCAGUGUGAGUGCGUAUCCUAAGGGAAAUAUAACUAUUUAUUCAUUUUGAUACAUUUAUUUAACACAGAACAUUUAUGGUAUGGGUUGUGAUUUAUUCAGAUUUUAGUUUAUCUCACAUUUUUUCGCUAAAUAUUUAUCAUUCUUCCAUAGUUCAUAUAUCGUUUAGUAUAGAGGUUCUGUGGGUUAUAUCGUAUCUCACGGGUGCAAAGAAUGUCAGCCAUAUAUGUAUUGGAUAAGUAUUGGCAUGGAGCGGUAUAAUAGGAUAGCUCGAAAAGGGUUUUUUUUUUUUUUUUCAAAAAUAGAUCAGUAAGCCCUACAUGGAAAACCUCAUUUAGUACAACAUCGUAAUCAUUAAUAAAGCAUGACCAUUCCCAAAAUGGUCCCAUUUUACAAGACUGUCCCACCGUUUCGUCAGGCGUAUUUACCAUGGUGACUUAUAUGUGUUCAGUUUGUGUUGUCAUGGACAUUACGCCAAACGCACAUGGCCGAUUACACAAAGCCACUUGUGACAAAGUCAGUCUUUUCUAACAAAGUCAAAUUUUAGAAUACGAUUUUACAGCUUAUUUUCUGUCUUACAACAUUUUGACUGAAUAAAGAUUAUGUUAAGACAUAUGUGUCAAAAUGUCAAAUUCCAGCACGAGAAAACCAAGCAUUGUAACAAAAAUUUUAUUUUCGUUUAAAUCAGGAAAACUACGUUUUGUGGAAUGUCCCGGAGCCAUUGUUACAACAUUGCGUAAACUAUGGGUAACCAUGGACGUUACGGCGAGCGCUAAUUGUGACUUCUAUGUAAAUUGGGGCCCAAAAUGAGUGUGUAAUUAUAGACACACAAGUAUCUAUGUAUACAUGUUCAAACAUCUGUUCAUCGCCAUUGGCCCCAUUAAUACUUGACAGUUCAUAUAAUAUGAUAGCGUUUAAAUCUCUCGUUUGUGUUUUAAAUUUUAUUUUAAAUGAUAUGCUUAAACCGAAGGCAAGCCAGAAGGCAGAACCAAGCCAUUUUGUAAACGAAAUAGGCUUAAAUGAGACGUGAGCUAAGCAAUAUGUACAGGCCAAAUGAACAAAGGUCAUCAAGUAUAUUCUUUAUUCAUACAUGAAAGUCUUGGGUGUCGUCUUGCCUUUCCAGUUCUAUACAUUCCCAGAAAUUGUUUUAUGUGAAAUCUUAAUUGUUAGCGUGAUCAUAUGUGUAUGGUUUUUUUUUUAAGAAGACAAAUGUGUUUUUACUUUGUUUUCGCACAUUGAAACUUUAAAGGGUUCUCGAUUGAUGUUUCUAAUAAGUCUGACUAAUGAGUUAAACAAGAUGAAGAAGUUUGCUGUCAUGCACAACUGUAUUGGUUCCCCUUUUUUAAAAGAUGUUUUUAGUUGUUUACAUAACUUGUGCUUCCAGUUCGUUACUGUACCCGACGACACUUGAUGACCUUGUAUAUUAUCUACCUCUGACUGUCGAGGUGAUCUAUGUUAACCUCUUGCCGAUUGGUUCGUGAUCAUAUACUGAGUCUAUCUGUACAACUGUUUGUGAUUGGUGCCUGUGACGGCAGAAGUUGUUUCCGUUUGCUCAUUGUAAUGUGUCGUUGGAGUUUAUAUAGAGUUUGUUGUCUGAGCAAUUUGUUAUGUGGUGUAAUUGUAAAGUAAAUAGUUCAGAGUAUUCCUAGUGAAGUGAUUUUAUAGACGUUUUGUCGUGGCAUAGAGUACACAGGAAUCUUCAUAAAAGUGAGUAAUAGUUGAAUUAUGUUCUUGCCUUGUGAGGACAUAACCUCUAUGGUAUGUAUAGUAUCUCCACUAAGAAGAAUGGAGAAAUUACGUAUUUAUAUUACAUCAAAAAGUUGGCGUUUUGAGCAUCAUAUUGGCUUUUCUGUAUAUUAGGAAUUCUCCUACGUGAAUUAAUGUUAAAUAUAAAUCAGUGUAAUUAGAGACUAUGCAUAUAUUUAGGAAAUAGCCCUCUUGUAUUUUCUGAUUUGCUAAUUUAAUACUACUUUUAUCAUCAUAUAUCGAGUUUAUAGUCGCGGAGCUAGGUAAAAAAAAAAGAUAUUUGGAGGGUAAAACAAGCAUUAACGCCCGCAAGGCAAGGGUGUUCCCUAAAUUUUGUUGGUCAGUCCACGUUGAUCUUGUUUUAUGAGCUACCCAUUAAGCAGUGCAUUAUUGUGUUACGUCAUGAUCUGCGGAAUAGGCCUUGUAUGAUAUAUAUUAUGCUAAUACGACAGUGAACGAGUUUGUCCGCGUUCAUAUGGUGCGAUUUGUGAUAACGGCUCGUCAAAUUCGACAAAUGGAAGUAACAUAGGACAAAUCAGUGUCAUACGCAUAGGCCGCUAGUAGACGAUGAGAUUUGUCGAAUGCUUCAGUAGCAUGAAAGAGCGCCAUUUGACGGACUGACUGGACAAUCGCACCGUGUGCCCGCGGUUUUAUGGGUCGUAAUUUACUGAUAGUUUAUGUCAAUUUGUCCCUCAAGACAGAAUUUUAUGAAUGUGGCACUCGGCCUGUUUCGGAUGAAAACAGUUCCCUGCAUUCCUUAGGAUUAAUCUCGAUUUAGUUGGUAUUAGAAUGGGUCUUGUACUCCGUAUUAGUCACUUGUUGUUGUUUUUUUUUUCUUCUUAUUUAAAUCUCUGACUUAUUUUAACUGUCCGAAGAACCCCUUGUGAGUUAGUUUUAUGCGGUUAUUUAUUUUCCUGUUUAUGCAGAUCUCUUAUCUGUCUAUUCGGCGGUUAAAUCCCCCCAUUUUCUUCCUUGCCAAAUCUUCCAAGCGCUUUUUGUACUCAGACUGACCAAAAUCCGUCGAUGAUGGUUGUAUUCGUAUGUGAGCAUUCAGAUUAGUUACCCAGCAACAGCUCUUUCUCUUUUUUUCCUUUUUGUCAUAUUACUAAUGCAUACGCAAAUUAAGGUAGGGAAUCUCCAAGAAAGAGUUUGUAAUUCUGUAUUUUCGCGACGUUAGUCUAAUACAAAACUAUGUAUGUUGUCUCAUUUGUGUAUAUAUACAUACAUGUAUACCGUGAAUUACUUAAACUUUCGUCCAUGACUCAUUUUUCCUGAUUCUGAGAUUUCAGUUGACCUAAGAAAGGUUUUUUGGGGGUUUCUUUGGAAUGUAGGUCGAUAUCCUAUGGGGAAAAUGUUGGUGUCAGUACCAAAAGUAAUCGUUUAUGGCCUCUAUUUUCCUCUAAAAAUGCACUUUUGCGAAUAAGAUAUUGUGUCAUUUUAUAUAUUAUGUAUCCUUUCAUGAAAUUGCUGGAGUUGGUAUCUAUAAUGUACGCUUAGUUCUGAUUGAUCUGUUUAAAAACAUUUGUAUGUUACACUCAUUCGACAUGGUGUCAUUAAUAUGCAUCUAUCGCUUUUUAGGUAUUAAAUACACAUUGCUAUGUUAUCAAGGUUUCACUUGUAUCUCGCAAAUUACUUAUGGAUAUCUUUGCAAGCGAAAUCUGCCGGGCUUCAUUUUAAGCACUCUUCUGACUUCAACGAACACUUUCAGAAUUCCACUUUUUAAGCAUUUUUUUUUUGUAUCUUUCUGUCUUA